CGGGAGCGCACAGAAAGCACGGAGCGCUGAGGGAAGUUAACGCACAGCCACCUCUCAGCUGAGCCUCGCUGGGACUUUGCUCGAGUUCUUGAAAAAUAUCUACAAGUUGUCUUCGAUAACGAGCUGACGAGAGAAAGUGAGAGGAGAGAGAGACAGAGAGUCAAAGGGCGAGCAAAAUAAACUGAGGAACAUGCAGAGCUCUUUUACGCGCGGGGGAGCAUGUUUUGCGCCACUUGCUGUUGUGGCACGAGCGCUGUGAUUUUUUUAAUUCUUUUUUGUGAAAAAGCACUCAGGGGACUUUUAGAAGUAUGAAGUCUUUUGAUGUGGUAUGUUUCCUGCGUUGUGUCCUCGUGCUCUGGAGUGCGACUCAUGGGAUGUAGUAAAUGGAGAGCUGCGUUCAACUUUGGACACCUGAGGGUGCAGUCCAAGCUGUCCGUCUUCUUGGCCAUGAUCAUUCUCUUCACUUACCUCUUUUACUGCCUCAACGGAUACUGUGACUCCUUGCCCAGGCCCGUUUACGACCAGCAAAGCAAUAUUCAACACAGAAUCACCGUCGAUGAUGGACACGAGCUGUCAGCGCAGACGCUCGGCGCGUAUAACGCGUCUCAGGUCGUCCGCGAGCAGCUGUCGGACUUGUCGAACAGCGACGGUCCACCUAACAACAUCUCUAUAGCCAACAAUUUCGGCAGCAAAAAGUUCCCCCAGGCCAUCAUCAUCGGGGUGAAGAAAGGUGGCACGCGGGCUCUGCUGGAGUUCCUGCGCAUCCAUCCGGACGUGAGAGCCGUCGGCUCUGAGCCGCACUUCUUUGACCGUUUCUACGACAAGGGACUGGACUGGUACAGGAACCUGAUGCCUCGUACUCUGGAGGGUCAGAUCACCAUGGAGAAGACCCCCAGUUACUUCAUCACUAAGGAAGCCCCUCGCCGUGUCUUCUCCAUGAGCCGCCACACCAAGCUCAUCGUGGUGGUGCGUGACCCCGUGACCCGGGCUGUUUCCGACUACACCCAGACUCUGUCCAAAUCUCCCGGGCUCCCGUCAUUCCAGAACCUGGCCUUUCGCAAUGCCACCACGGGCCUCAUCGACACAUCUUGGAGUGCCGUGCGCAUCGGCAUCUACGCCAAGCACCUAGAGAACUGGCUGCGCUACUUCCCGCUCUCACGCCUCCUCUUUGUCAGCGGCGAACGCCUUGUGACGGACCCGGCGGGCGAGAUGGGCCGGGUCCAGGACUUCUUGGGGCUCAAACGCGUGGUGACAGACAAGCACUUCUACUUCAACCAGACCAAAGGUUUCCCCUGCCUAAAGAAGCCUGAGGGGAGCAGCAGGCCGCGCUGCCUGGGGAAGUCGAAGGGCAGGCCCCAUCCCCAGAUCCCCUCUGACGUCCUGCAUCGGCUCAGAGACUUCUACAGACCCUUCAAUCUCAAGUUUUACCAAAUGACCGGCCACAACUUUGGCUGGGACUGAACGGCUACUCGCCAAAGCUCUUAAAAACUGUUACUAGCCUUCUUGGUCAGCCAACUACCAAAACCAGACAGGGAUAUCUUGAAGACAUUGUGUAUUACCAAAGCUUUUACUGUGCAAAAUAUACCUUUCCUUCAUUUCUUAAGCUAUGAAAACUCCUUUUCUUCCUCCAGAUUUACAGCAGCCAUGCUAUCAAAAUGUGUGAGUUUGUUAGCAAGCAAUGCUAAAGGAACGCUUUUGAGAAGUGCUGGUUGCUGCUGCACUGUGACGAGAGCAAACCAGAUUGAAGCAUAUACUUGCACUUGGCACCGUGAGUGCCAGGUGUAUGCUGAGCUGUCAUUGAUGUCCAAAACACUUAACAGCAAAGCCUGUGAUUUGAAAAUAACUCCAGAAAGACGCCCCCACUGCAAAGAGAUGUGCCUGAAGUUAAAUCAAAUGACAUAUUGGACUAUUGGGACACGGGAGCUCUGCUGAAAAACAACACUUACAGUGAGGAAAGAAGCAAAGGGUUUGGAAUUAUGCACAAUCAAAAUAAAUGUAAAUGUGUGUUGUUGAGAUAUAACUUAAUCAUUCAGAAUAUUUUCAGUCCAAUCAGCAUUGUUCCGUUUGUGUCUGUCACGUUUAUUCUGUGUAUGAAGUUAGAGGAAGCUCUCUUUCUGGACUGUCUUUAUUAAAAAAUAAAGAUGUAGCAUACGCAGAAGGAUAUCUGGUACUGGUGGAAAAACAAUGUACCAGAAAUAUGAAACACAGCUACUAUGUGUUGUACAUUUGCUGUUAUUUAUGUCGCCAAUACAGUGCUUGUAUAAAAUGUUCUCUACAGACAACACCUGAAUCUGUGAUUGUUUUCUACUUCAUUUAAUCAACACUCACCUCCACAAACGGUACUUACAUGCAACUCUAUAUUUCUAAAAGCUUAAUUUAUAAUAUGACAAACUAUUGUUGAGAUGUUUUCUCUUGAGUCUUUUGUAUAUUCUGCAGGAAGUUCUGACUAAAACUUUUAUUCGAAAAUGUGUUUUGGGCUCAUUUUUGCUUCGCAGCAUUCAGUUCAUGGUCUUUGUAUUUAUUCCAAACAAACCAAUGUUGCUGCUGCCGGGAAUCUAAAGUACAUCUGUUUAGCAGAUGAUUUUUUUUUUUUCCUGGAAGAGACACUGGAUGAUUUGAAAAGAAAUUACAUUUAAUCACUGUUUUGUGAUUUUUGUGAAGGGAUGACGAAGUAGGAAAACUGACAUUUAUUCAUAGUGUAUGCAAAUGCUUUAGAUUGUUUAACAUUUAGCCUUUACUUAUUUAUAAAACUAAGUAUUACAUUUUUC